UUACAGCCAGGAGCGCGUCGGGCUCGGAGCUGCCGCGGCGUGCGGAGGGAGCUGCGUGCGGGAAACGUGCUGCAGGGACUUUGAGGCUGGUGUGAGGCGGGAGAUGGAGCCCGACAACGCGCAAACCACAAAUCAGACACAAACAGAAUCUUUGUCUCCAUCCCCCAACACUGUGUCACCUGUGCCUUUAAAUAACCCAACGAGUGCCCCAAGAUUUGGAACAGUUAUUCCUAAUCGCAUCUUUGUAGGAGGAAUCGAUUUUAAGACUAACGAAAAUGACCUAAGGAAGUUUUUUGCCCAGUAUGGGUGUGUGAAAGAAGUGAAGAUAGUAAAUGACAGAGCUGGAGUAUCAAAGGGGUAUGGUUUCAUCACUUUUGAAACUCAAGAAGAUGCACAAAAAAUUUUACAAGAGGCUGAAAAACUUAAUUAUAAGGAUAAGAAACUGAAUAUUGGUCCAGCAAUAAGAAAACAACAAGUAGGGAUUUCUCGAUCUAGCAUAAUGCCAGCAGCUGGAACAAUGUACUUGACCACUUCAACUGGAUAUCCUUAUACUUAUCACAAUGGAGUAGCUUAUUUUCAUACUCCUGAAGUUGCAUCUGUUCCACAGCCAUGGCCUUCACGGUCCAUUUCCAGUUCCCCUGUAAUGGUAGCUCAACCUGUUUAUCAUCAACCUACAUAUCCUUACCAGGCACCUGCACAGUGUCUUUCAGGUCAGUGGCAAUGGAGUGUUCCACAGUCUCCUGCCUCUUCAACCUCAUUCUUUUAUCUUCACCCUUCUGAAGUUAUUUAUCAGCCACUAGAAAUUGCACAGGACAGUGGAUGUGUACCUCCUCCUUUCUCUCUAAUGGAAGCUGCAGUUCCAGAGCCAUAUUCUGAUCAUGGAGUUCAAGCAGCAUAUCACCAAGUUUAUGCCCAGAGUGCCAUAGCUAUGCAAACACCUGUGAUGCAGCCUGAGCCAGUUAAAACCUUGUGGAGCAUUCAUUAUUAAGCCAUUUGGGCAGCUCUAGUCCAGAUGUACUGAUUUUCUUGUCCAGUCCUCCCCACAUGGCCAAGAUCCAUCUUCAGCGAACCAACUAGCGGCUGCCCAUUGUGAAACUUAGGGUCAGUUCAUUCUUUGCAAUGCCUGAUUGUUGCAAACUGGUUAGGUGUCAAGUGUGCCAAAGUAUAACCAGCCAAUCUGCAGGAUUCUCUAGUUGUCUGCUGUAUGUUUGUGUCCGUUCCUUUAUUAAUCUGAACCAGUUGUUCAUUUUUAUAAAACUAGUUUUGUGCAGUCCAUAUCAUUCAUCUUUGAGACAGUGAAUCUUGCAUAUUUUUCCUCCACCACUUUUUUCCAGGUUCCCAGGAUUCUGUGAAUGUUUUGAGUU